GUGUCUUCAUCCGAUACCCUCGUCCCCCUCACCAUAAUCAAAGGCGCAGGCCAUGAAUUCAUCGCCCUACCCGAAGGCGACAAUGCCACCGUAGCGGAUUUCCACACCACCCCCACGCGCACCACGACAACCCCCACGCCCCUAACCUCUGGCUUCUACAAAAUCACCGCGGGCCCCGCCAAGCCCGCCAGCUACACAUUUGAAGAGUCCAAGUACGUGCUUAGCGGGCAGAUUGACGUGCUGGACUGUGCAACGGGCAUCACGCAUCAUCUCGUCGCGGGGGACUUUGCGUUUUUCCACGUGGGCUCCAAGGUGGAGUUUUCGACACGGAGUGCAGGGAUGGCGUUUUAUGUUGUUACGAGGGGGGUGAGGGUGGCGCAUGAGGGGUUGAAGGGGAGGGAGGAAGGA